UUGCCGCUUCGUCCGGGCGGAAGUCAGAAGAAGUGAGAGCGGCAACUCGCCAGCGGAAACGGAAGUGCAGAAAGUCCCGAGCGACUGACUGGCCGUGCAAACUGUUGCUCGUCGCUCUGUGCUUGUGUUCGUGUUAGUGUAUCGGUGUGUUUGUGGCAUUGUUGGUGUUGGACAAUUAGCAAAGUUGCUAUAACAGACCGAAUUAUCCGACAAAUUUGAUGAAAAUGGUAAACAUUAAAUUGUAAUGCGGCACGCGGAGUAAAAUGCCCUAAAAUAGUAUACCCUUUCCUUGCACAGAAGUCCUGAGAUGGCACAGCAACAGCGCAGCUGGGACGAAGGAGCAGUUGGAGGAGGAUCCUAUGGCCAUCCGCACUCCUCCCACCACAAAGUACCUGCCAGAGCAGCCAGCAAUCCGCUGCCCUGCAAAGGAGCCACUCCCAAAUUGCCCAGGCAAUACCAUGGUGCUCCAUCACCGGGUUACAGUUACGGGGGAUACGAGACCCCAAGGAGUCCCAAGAUCACCACAACCUUUGCCCACGACAGCUGCGAUGAGGCCAGCAGCUCCACUCCGAGUUCUUACUACCAGACGCCUCCUUCGGGUUCCAUCGAUGAUUCCGCCUCGCUUUUGAGUGGACGAACUACCGCCAGGAGUCCCAAGUCCCCUUGCCAAUUUGUCUUCGAUGCAGUGAGUCCCAGUCACGGCAGGAAGUUCGAGUACUACGAGCCCAUUUCCCCGGAUGAUGGAGCUUUGUACUACGAUCCUCCGACUUCUCCACGUCGCCAGGGAUCCAAGAAGCUGAUGCGGACUAAGACGCCCUUAGAUCCCGUCCCCCAAUUAACCACGACGGGAGUGGAUGAGAGCAUGGCGGUGGCGAUGGCAAUGGGAGGGGGAGGAGGUUACUCCCAAGGAAAUCCCAGCAAGCGGCAACGGGAUGAGUGGGAACUUCCAGUGAUUAGCAAGAUCGAGGCCAGGAACCUCAGUGCAGCUGCAUCUGCGGCAGGAGCAGGAUCGGGAUCUUCAGGGGGGAAUUACUACGGAUUGAAGCGCGACUCCUGCGUCACCGAUUGCACCCAACUGUCCAUGGAAUCCGGCGAGACGAACACCCAGCACACUGGAAGCACCAUGGUUACCCACACCACCACCAGCUUCAGCUUCACGGAACCGGAAAUGGAUCAGGAGUCCCGGCAGCCGAAGCCGCACCGCCAACGGCGACAUGCCAUCAACAUCACCUCCAAUCCGGGCUACCAGGUGCUCCACAGCUCCCACUCCACCUUGGAUCGCACCUGUUCGGAUAGCGUGGUCUCCCUUCGAUAUCGCAAGUCCACCAGUGAUCUUACCCAGGAUGCGGACCACGAGUUGAGUGGAUGUAAGCCAGCGAAACCGAAGGCGCAUGUGGAGCACAAGCCGCGGCGCAGGGGAAGCUCCAAGGGCGGAUUGGCCUACCUGGCCAGCAGGAGGAGCUCCCGGGAGUCGAUGAAGAGCGCCUGCUCGAAUGCCUCCAUCGUGUCCAACGACGAUGUGGGGCCACUAGCCUUCCAGAGCUCCAACCGCGGUCGCCAGCGCAGAACGUCGAACUUCCUCGAGCUGCCAGUUCCCGACCACGUGCGACCGCGAGUGUGUUCCCUGCCCGAGCGACCGUACAACCCGCGGGCCAGCGACGACCUCUACCGCCUGCGGCACUUCUCCAUCAGCAAGGGAAAUGUGGUCAACUGCGGGGACUCGAUAAUCUCGCGGAGAUCGCGGAGCAACACCAGCGUGAACUCGACGAACAGUCGGGCCAGCGAAAGGUCGCCAUUCGAGGGCAGUUGCUGUGGAGCGGGCUACGCCAACGUGGAUUCCCUCCCAGCAACGCCGGAUGACUCCGAGAACCUGGAUCCUCCUCCACCCGCCCGUUAUCGAGUCGUGAUGCUCGGGGAUGCUGGAGUGGGAAAGACGGCGCUGGUCAACCAGUUCAUGACCUCCGAGUACAUGCACACCUACGAUGCCAGUUUGGUUUUAGACGACGAGUUCGGCGAGAAGACGGUGAGCGUUCUGCUGGACGACGAGGAGUCGGACAUGGUCUUCAUCGAUCACCCCAGCGUGGAGAUGAGUGUGGAGAACUCGCUGUCCACCUACGAACCACACGGCUGCGUUGUGGUCUUCUCCGUGGUAGAUCGCAGCUCCUUUCGCGUGGCGGAGGAGAUCAUCAACUAUUUGUGGCAGGAGAACUACACGAAGGACAAGGCCGUCAUCCUGGUGGGCAACAAGGCGGAUCUGGCCCGCGCCCGACUCAUCACCUCGCAGGAGGGCAAAGCUCUGGCCGCCUCACGCGAUGCCAAAUUUAUUGAGACGUCCAGCGGCAUACAGCACAAUGUCGAUGAGCUGCUCGUUGGAAUAUUGAAGCAGAUGCGGCUGAAGGAGAAGCGCGAGAAGAAGGCCACCGCCUCCAAGAUGAAGACCUCCCGCACCCACAUUUCGCUGCACUUGGCCAAGGAGCUGCUGCAGAAGAUUUGCCUGAGCGACAUCUCCAAGUCGAAGAGCUGCGAGAACCUGCACGUGCUAUAGAGAUAC